CCCUCGUGAUUGGACGCUCGGUUCGGGUAUAUAAGCUCCUCGCGCAUAUCUUCAUUCUCUUUCUUUCACGCGACCCUACUCUUAGAGGUAAUACCGUGUCUUUAAACCAGCUGUAUAGCGAUCCUUGGAAGCACUGCAAAGAUGCCCAGGGAAGACAAGGCCACGUGGAAGUCCAACUAUUUUAUGAAAAUAAUCCAACUUUUGGACGAAUUUCCAAAAUGCUUCGUGGUGGGCGCAGACAACGUGGGCUCCAAGCAGAUGCAGACCAUCCGCCUGUCUCUGCGGGGCAAGGCCGUGGUGCUGAUGGGUAAAAACACCAUGAUGCGAAAAGCCAUCCGGGGCCACCUGGAGAACAACGCGUCCCUGGAGAAGCUUCUGCCUCACAUUAAAGGAAAUGUGGGCUUUGUCUUCACCAAGGAGGAUCUGGCUGAGGUCCGGGACUUGCUGCUUAACAACAAGGUGCCUGCGUCGGCCCGUGCUGGAGCCAUCGCCCCAUGUGAUGUGACCGUGCCGGCCCAGAACACUGGUCUGGGUCCCGAGAAGACUAAUUUCUUCCAGGCUCUGGGUAUCACCACAAAGAUCUCAAAGGGAACCAUUGAAAUCUUGAGUGACGUUGCUCUGAUCCAUACUGGUAACAAGGUCGGUGCCAGCGAGGCCACGCUCCUCAACAUGCUGAACAUCUCGCCCUUCUCCUACGGACUCAACAUCCAGCAGGUGUAUGACAAUGGCAGUGUUUACAGUCCGGAGGUGCUCGACAUCACAGAGGCUUCUCUGCAUGCCAAGUUCCUCGAGGGUGUGAGGAACAUCGCUAGUGUGUGUCUGCAGAUCGGCUACCCCACUCUGGCCUCCGUCCCCCACUCCAUCAUCAACGGAUACAAGAGAGUCCUGGCUGUCGCUGUGGAGACAGAUUACUCCUUCCCCCUGGCAGACAAGGUCAAGGCCUUCCUGGCUGACCCGUCUGCUUUUGCUGCCGUGGCAGCAGCACCUGUAGCAGCAGCCGCCGCUUCCACCGCAGCCGCUCCAGCUGCCAAGGAGGAGGUGAAGGAGGAGUCUGAGGCCUCAGAUGACGACAUGGGCUUCGGUCUGUUCGACUAACAAAAUACAGCGAACAAACCCCAUUUGAGUCAUAAAACUACGAUUUCAAUAAAGUCUUCUGCAAACCCUUA